GACACAGGGACCGAGGGAGAGGCCAAGAGAGGCAGGAAGUGUUGGCGGAAGAGUGCUAAGAGGAGAGGAGGAGGCCGAUCCUCCAAGGGACCCGGGAAGGAGAGGGAGCCGACCUGAGAUGGUGACGGGUGACCCCUGCCCUGCCCCCUCCAUGCAGUUUCCCAUGGGCCCCGCCUGCAUCUUCUUGAGAAAAGGCAUCGCUGAGAAACAGCGGGAGCGACCACUGGGACAAGAUGAGAUCGAAGAGCUUCGGGAAGCAUUUCUUGAGUUCGACAAAGACAGAGAUGGGUUCAUCUCUUGUAAGGAUUUGGGGAAUCUCAUGAGGACAAUGGGUUACAUGCCCACGGAGAUGGAACUGACCGAACUGGGCCAGCAAAUCCGCAUGAACUUGGGUGGCCGUGUAGACUUUGACGACUUUGUGGAGCUGAUGACCCCCAAAUUGCUUGCAGAAACGGCUGGGAUGAUUGGUGUCCAGGAGAUGAGAGAUGCCUUCAAGGAAUUUGACACCAACGGGGACGGGGAGAUCACCUUGGUAGAGCUGCAGCAGGCCAUGCAGAGACUCCUGGGAGAGCAGCUCACCGCCCGGGAGAUCUCCGAGGUGGUCCAGGAAGCCGAUGUCAACGGAGACGGAACUGUAGACUUUGAAGAGUUUGUGAAGAUGAUGUCUCGCUGAGGAGGUCCCGGAAGCCCCGGUCACUCGGCACCCGGUCACCACGGAGCGCGCGUGUGGGGGUGGGGUCCCAAACUCCGGGGCCCUUCAAGGAGAGCGGGAGGGUGGGUGUCUGGGGGGGCGGAUGGACUGAGGUCGGACUGAGCGCCGCACCUUGCCUGGAUUGAAGGAGGAGGUGCGGCUCUAGAACUAGAAAAAGAAAGGGAGACUGUGUGGGAACAUGAGGGGUGCGGGGGUCCCACUGCCUCUCCCAAAAUACCACCAUUUAAGGACGUCUUUUGACUCCAUGUAAUCCUCAAGCCCCAUGACCUGCCAGGCUGCCCCCCUGCCUUCUCUUGGGUAAAAUAAUCUUUUCACCCACCAAACUGUCCAAAAGUUCAGCACACAGCCUACCUUCCUCCCUUCCUGCUUCAAAUCCCUUCCAUUUCAUUAAGGGAGAGGCUUGUUGAUCACGGGCCAGAAACAAGGGUCUUGCUAAGACAGGGCUUGGAAAUGGUUAAUUAAAGAGGCAUCA